GGGAGGGAGGUGAGGCUCGCCCUUCCGGGUGGGGCCCGCCCGUCGACCGUACGGUGGCGCCGGCGGCCCCCGCGGAGGCACUACUUUCUCUUCCACAGGGGCACUACUUCGCGGAGGCGUCGGCGCUGGCGGCGCGCACGGCAUGGCGGCGGCGGUGGCGCGCCUGAGGUAGAGGGACGCCGGCCCGCUCAGGCCUCGGCGCGGCCUACACGCUUCGCUUGCUCGCUCCCGCCCCGGCCCCGCUCCCGGCCAUGGCGGAGCCCUCACCCGCCCGACGCCCGGUGCCCCUCAUCGAGUCGGAGCUGUACUUCCUCAUCGCCCGGUACCUAUCGGCCGGCCCGUGUCGGAGAGCCGCCCAGGUGCUGGUGCAGGAGCUGGAGCAGUACCAGUUGCUGCCCAAGAGGUUGGACUGGGAGGGCAACGAGCACAGCAGGAGCUACGAGGAAUUGGUCUUGUCCAAUAAGCAUGUGGCUCCUGAUCAUCUGUUGCAAAUCUGCCAGCGCAUCGGUCCCAUGUUGGAUAAAGAAAUUCCACCCAGUAUUUCAAGAGUCACUUCUUUACUUGGUGCAGGAAGGCAGUCUUUGCUACGUACAGCAAAAGACUGCAGGCACACAGUUUGGAAGGGCUCUGCCUUUGCUGCUCUUCAUAGAGGAAGACCUCCUGAAAUGCCGGUGAAUUAUGGUUCCCCACCAAAUCUUGUGGAGAUACAUCGAGGAAAACAACUCACAGGGUGUUCCACUUUUAGCACAGCAUUUCCAGGAGCUAUGUAUCAGCAUAUAAAAAUGCACAGAAGGAUUCUCGGACAUCUGUCUGCUGUUUACUGUGUAGCAUUUGAUAGGACAGGACAUAGAAUCUUUACAGGUUCAGAUGAUUGUUUGGUGAAGAUCUGGUCAACACACAAUGGCCGCCUAUUAUCCACAUUAAGAGGUCAUUCUGCAGAAAUUUCAGAUAUGGCAGUAAACUAUGAGAAUACAAUGAUUGCCGCAGGGAGCUGUGAUAAAAUAAUUAGAGUGUGGUGCUUGAGAACUUGUGCUCCAGUCGCUGUGCUCCAAGGACACACGGGGUCAAUUACAUCUUUACAGUUUAGCCCAAUGGCCAAAGGCUCUCAAAGGUACAUGGUCUCCACUGGUGCUGAUGGGACAGUUUGUUUUUGGCAGUGGGAUUUAGAAUCCCUGAAAUUCAGUCCACGUCCCCUGAAGUUCACUGAAAAGCCUAGACCAGGUGUACAGAUGCUUUGUUCUUCUUUUAGUGUUGGUGGUAUGUUUUUAGCCACAGGUAGUACUGAUCAUGUAAUCAGAAUGUAUUUUUUGGGUUUUGAAGCACCUGAAAAAAUCGCAGAACUUGAAAGUCACACUGAUAAAGUUGAUAGUAUCCAAUUUUGUAACAACGGUGAUCGGUUCUUAAGUGGUAGCAGAGAUGGAACAGCACGAAUUUGGAGAUUUGAGCAGUUAGAAUGGAGAAGCAUCUUACUGGAUAUGGCUACCAGAAUCUCAGGAGAUUUAUCUUUGGAGGAGGAGAGGUUUAUGAAACCCAAAGUAACAAUGAUAGCUUGGAAUCAGAAUGAUAGCAUUGUUGUCACAGCUGUGAAUGAUCAUGUCCUCAAAGUGUGGGAUUCUUAUACUGGACAGCUGCUUCAUAACUUAUUGGGACAUGCUGAUGAAGUAUUUGUUUUGGAGACACAUCCCUUUGAUUCCAGGAUUAUGUUAUCUGCAGGACACGAUGGCAGCAUAUUCAUAUGGGAUAUUACAAAAGGCACGAAGAUGAAACAUUAUUUUAAUAUGAUUGAAGGACAAGGACAUGGAGCUGUAUUUGACUGUAAGUUUUCACAAGAUGGACAGCAUUUUGCCUGUACAGAUUCUCAUGGUCACCUUCUGAUAUUUGGUUUUGGAUGCAGCAAGCCAUAUGAAAAGAUUCCCGAUCAGAUGUUCUUCCAUACUGACUAUAGACCACUGAUUAGGGAUUCUAAUAAUUACGUCUUAGAUGAGCAAACCCAGCAGGCUCCUCACCUUAUGCCUCCGCCAUUCUUGGUAGAUGUAGAUGGAAAUCCUCAUCCAACUAAGUAUCAGAGAUUAGUACCAGGACGAGAAAAUUCAGCGGAUGAACAUUUGGUUCCACAGCUAGGUUAUGUGGCAACUAGUGACGGGGAGGUAAUUGAACAAAUUAUAAGCCUGCAAACCAGUGAUGAUGGUGAACGGAGCCCGGAGCCCAGUGUCCUGGAUGGAAUGAUAAGACAGCUGCAGCAGCAGCAAGACCGGAGACUGGGGGCAGGUCAGGAUGCUGUUCCAAGUGGACUUUCAAAUGGGGAAGAAACACCCCGAAGAGGCUUUAGAAGACUAAGCUUAGACAUCCAGUCUCCUCCAAACAUUGGUCUGCGUCGUAGUGGACAGGUGGAAGGUGUUCGUCAAAUGCACCAGAACGCUCCACGCAGUCAGAUGGCUACAGAGCGUGACCUGCAGGCUUGGAAACGAAGAGUGGUUGUACCAGAGGUACCACUAGGCAUAUUUAGGAAGUUGGAAAACUUCAGAAUAGAGAAAGGUGAAGAGGAAAGAAAUCUUUAUAUAAUUGGAAGAAAGAGGAAGACUCUCCAGUUCUCACAAAAGUCUGAUUCGGUGGCUUUGAUGUCACAGUCUAGGCAAAGGACAUGUAGGCGUAAAUAUCCAAAUUAUGGUAGAAGAAAUCUUGGACGGCUUGAGUUAUCUUCAGGAAAUGAAUCAUCAAGCUCCAUAAGACAUGAGACUUCCUGUGAUCAGAGUGAAGGUUCUUGCUCUUCUGAAGAAGAAGAAUGGAAAAGUGAUAGAAGAAGUGAAAGUGACAGUGAAAGUUCAAGUGAUUCUUCAUCUAGAUAUUCUGAUUGGACAGCUGAUGCAGGCAUCAAUUUGCAGCCUCCUUUACGAACGUCAUCUCGUCGACGAAUUACUCGAUUUUGUAGUAGUUCAGAGGAUGAAAUGUCUGCUGAGAAUUUAUCUCCUCCAAAAAGGAGACGAAAGAGAAAGAAAGAAAAUAAGCCUAAAAAAGAGAAUUUGCGGAGGAUGACUCAGGCAGAGCUUGUGAACGUGGAACAUUUAUAUGAAUUUCAUCCUCCAGUUUGGAUAACUGACACCACACUUCGGAAGUCUCCUUUUGUUCCUCAAAUGGGCGAUGAGGUAAUAUAUUUUCGACAGGGCCAUGAAGCUUAUAUUGAGGCUGUCAGAAGAAAUAACAUUUAUGAACUGAACCCUAAUAAGGAACCAUGGAGAAAAAUGGAUCUUAGGGAUCAAGAAUUGGUCAAAAUAGUUGGAAUACGAUAUGAGGUUGGGCCCCCUACACUUUGUUGCCUCAAACUAGCAUUUAUAGAUCCUGCAACUGGAAAACUUAUGGACAAAUCUUUCUCUAUUAGAUAUCACGAUAUGCCAGAUGUUAUUGAUUUCCUUGUGUUGCGUCAGUUUUAUGAUGAAGCAAGACAGAGGAGUUGGCAGUCUUGUGACAGGUUUCGUUCUAUCAUUGAUGACGCUUGGUGGUUUGGAACGGUGCUAAGUCAAGAGCCGUAUCAGCCACAGUACCCUGAUAGUCAUUUCCAGUGUUACAUCGUUAGGUGGGACAAUACUGAAAUUGAAAAACUUAGCCCAUGGGACAUGGAACCAAUACCUGAUAAUGUUGAUCCACCUGAAGAAUUAGGAGCUAGUAUUUCUGUCACUUCAGAUGAGCUAGAGAAAUUGCUCUACAAACCCCAGGAUGGUGAAUGGGGUCAGAAAUCGAGAGAUGAAGAAUGUGAACGAAUUAUUAGUGGUAUAGAUCAGCUUCUGAAUCUUGAUAUAGCAGCAGCUUUUGCAGGUCCAGUUGAUCUGUGUACAUAUCCGAAGUACUGUACUGUAGUGGCCUAUCCAACUGAUCUGUACACAAUUCGAAUGAGACUUGUUAAUCGAUUUUAUAGGAGGCUAUCUGCGUUAGUUUGGGAAGUCAGGUAUAUAGAACAUAAUGCCAGAACAUUUAAUGAACCUGAGAGUGUCAUUGCAAGAUCAGCUAAGAAGAUAACUGACCAGCUUUUAAAAUUUAUCAAGAAUCAAGACUGUAUAAAUAUCUCAGAACUGUCUAACACUUCUGAAGACGAUGAGCCGGAUGCCGAGGAUUUGGAUGAUAGUGAUCUUCCUAAAACAUCUUCUGGAAGAAGGAGAGUCCAUGAUUGGAAAAAGAGGAGUAUCAAAGCAACCAGUUAUGUUGAAAGCAGCUGGAAGAGACAGUGUGAGGAGCUAGUGAGCUUACUGUUUCAGUGUGAAGACUCUGAACCAUUUAGACAGCCUGUUGACCUGGUUGAGUACCCGGAUUAUCGAGAUAUUAUAGAUACUCCAAUGGAUUUUGGAACAGUAAGGGAAACUUUAGAAGCGGGAAAUUAUGACAGCCCUUUGGAAUUUUGCAAAGACAUCCGGUUGAUAUUUAGCAAUGCAAAAGCUUAUACACCAAAUAAAAGAUCAAAGAUUUACAGUAUGACAUUGAGAUUGUCUGCCUUAUUUGAAGAAAAAAUGAAGAAAAUCUCUUCUGAUUUUAAAAUUGGUCAAAAAUUCAGUGAAAAACUUCGAAGAAGCCAGAGGUUCAAGAGACGGCAAAAUUGUAACCGUGUCAAUCAGGCUAACAAAAGUAUCAGAAAUAUCAAGCAGAAGCGCUUAAAAUCUCAGGCAAAAGUAAUUCCUGAGUUGGUAGGUUCUCCUCUUCAGUCUACCUCAAGUAGGGCAGCUUAUCCUGCAAGCCGCAAGACAAGUGCUAGUGUCUCUUCGGGUGUUACUUCUGGUGAUUCUUCAGAUUCAGCAGCAGCAGCAUCAGAAAGAAUGAGAAGAAGUAGACCUGUCACUCUAACAAAUGGUUCUACAUUAUCUGAAAGUGAAAUGGAAGAUUCCUUAGGUACUUCUUCGUCAUCUUCAGCUUCAAAUAGUUCAGAGGAAAGCAAAGAGAGUUCAAGAGCUUGUGAAUCCUCCUUACGUAGUGGGCUGGCCAGGAGCAGGGUGACCAGAACCAGAGCUGCUCAAAGAAAAACUGGUCCAGCUUCUUUAGAAAAUGGAUGUGGCAGAAAAGCCACUAGAAAGCGAGUCUAUUUAAGUGACUCUGAUAACAAUUCUUUGGAGACUGGUGAAAAUCUAAAAGCCAGAGCUGGAAAUAACCGGAAAGUGCUACGAAAGUGUGCUGCUGUGGCUGCCAAUAAGAUCAAGUUAAUGAGUGACGUAGAGGAGAAUGCUAGCUCUGAAAGUGUCUGUUCUGGCCGUAAGCUGCCUCACCGCAAUGCUUCUGCUGUAGCUAGAAAAAAGUUAUUACAUAAUUCUGAGGAUGACCAGAGCUUAAAGUCAGAACUUGAAGAAGAGGAGCUAAAAGAUCAAAACCAACCAUCACUAUUGUCCAAUUCUCAUGCUGCCCAGAAUACUGAAAAUGGAGAUUCAGAGUCAGAAAGUGAUUUGCGGGUAGCCCGGAAAAAUUGGCAUGCUAAUGGUUACAAGUCACAAACGCCAGCAACUUCUAAAACAAAAUUUCUCAAAAUAGAGUCUUCUGAGGAAGACUCUAAAAGUCAUGAUUCAGAUAAUGGACAUAACAGAACAGCUGGCCCAUCAACAUCUUCGCAGAAAUUUAAGGCAGAAAGCAUCUCAGAGGAAGAGGAGGAAGCAAAUUCUGAAGCAAGAAAAUAUGGUGGUAGGAAAUACAACACAGGUCGCAAGAAUGCCGCUUUCCUUAAAAAAGCAAAGAUCUUCAGUGAUUCAGAGGACUCUGAGUCUGAAGAAAAUGGAGAAGAUGGUAGAUGUCAUAAAAUGGAAAUGAGCCCCAGUUCAGGAAAUUUGAAGUGUGAACCUGUUGCUGGGUCCCAGUGUUUUUCAGAUCAUGUAUCUGAAACUGAUUUGGAUUCAGAUGAUGAUAAGAAAACAAAAGAAAAACCAAACAAUUUUAUGAAAGAUUCUGCGUCACAAGACCAUGGACAAAGCAGAAAAGUUGCCAGGAAAAGGGUCUGUUCCAGUGACUCAGACAGCAAUUCGAAGGUGGUUAAGAAAGCAUCAAAAGCCAAAACGGGCCUCCUAAGAGUUCCUCGAAGAUGUGCCACCACCGCUGCUAAUAGGAUCAAGCUAAUGAGUGAUGUGGAAGAUGUCAGUUUAGGAAAUGUGUGUACUAGAAGCAAAAAUGGAAGGAAAAAGCCCCUCCGUUCUGCAUGUACCGCAGCUAAGAAGAUAGAGAGUGAUUCUGAGGGAGAUGUAAACUGUGAAGUGCCAAACGAACAAUAUGGCUAUGAAGGGAACCCACCUGAAGCUGACUCAGAAGGUAGUACUAAAAGUAUUAAUCAGUCUUUAAAUGAAGACUCAGACUCUGAAGGUAUGUUGAAUUCCGGACACAAGAACAGGCAUACCAGUAGUCACAAAACAAAUGUUGUACCUUCUAAAACAAAGAAUUCCUUGAUUGGGUCUUCGGAAGAAGAUUCAAAAAGCCAUAUACCAGGGGGUGAGAUUGGUAGAAAAUGUUCUUCGGAGUCAACUUUGGUGCAAAAAGCUACUGCAGAGCAUAACUUUGAAGAGGAACUGAAUUAUGGGCUUCGCAGGUGGAACGGCAGAAGACUCAGGACCUAUGGGAAGGCUCCUUUCAGUAAGACAAAAGUGAUGCGGGAUUCGCAGGAAGCAGCUGAGACUGUGGAGAUAAAAAGGAAGAGACUGCGUUCUGAAUUGGAAAAUGUGAAAGCUUCUGAAACAGGGACUUCAAAGUGUGGACCUGACACUAGUCCCAAAUCUGACUCAGAUUUGGGAUCUGCCACUGAAUCAGAUACUGACUGUACUGAUGAUACAAAAACCAAAAAGAGGAAAAUGAAAGGAAAAGCAAAAGUAGUUAGAAAAGAAUCUGUUCCUAGAGACAGUGAACCCAGUACAAAAAUGAGAACAUGUAUGCAUAAUCAGAAGGAUGCAGUGCAAAUGCCUAGUGAAACUCUGAAAGCAAAAAUGGUGCCUGAGAAAGUUCCCCGCAGAUGUGCUACUGUUGCUGCAAAUAAAAUAAAGAUAAUGAGUAAUCUAAAGGAAACGAUUUCAGGACCAGAAAAUAUGUGGAUUAGGAAGAGUAGCAGAAAACUGCCCCAUCGAAAUGCUUCUGCUGCGGCUAAGAAAAAGUUACUGAAUGUUUAUAAAGAGGAUGAUACAACCAUAAAUUCUGAAAGUGAAAAGGAGCUAGAAGAAAUUAAUAGAAACAUGCCUUUUUUAAGGCGGUUCAGAUCCUGGAAAGAAAAAGCACAGUAGUGACUAUGAAAAUGUAGAAGUGGAAUUGAAAACCAGGGGCCACAAGUAAACUGGCAGUGGCAUUCUGCUCCUAGCUCUAAUGUUAAUCCCUCAUUGGCACCUUCUGAGGAAUUUUCUAAAAGCCAUAAUGCAGUGGGUCAAAGUGGGCGGACGGCGUCCUCCUAGUCAGCCCUUGUACAGACACACAUUACAGAGAAUUCUGAGGAGGAGAUAGAUUGUGGAGCCUGUAGUUGGAGAGGCAGAAAGAAAAGGCAAAUGGCCUGUCGUGAUAUUCCUUUUCAGAAAUGAAGGGCCUUGAAGAAAUCUCUUGAUUCUUUAGAGGAAGAAAAUAAUGGGAAGUGUACAGGGUCUGUAGCAAAAACGUCAAGGACUGAAAACAUUUCAAAAUCUCAACCUGAUGCUAAUUUUCAGGGUUCUGCAUUAGAGUAUAAAAUUUCAGACUACCAUGACUGUGGUAUCAUUACUGAAAUAAGAGAGAAAAAAGGGGCACAUUUCAAGAGGAAGUGCCACUGAGCCUAUUUGACUUUUGAGAGAUGCAAAAACUUUAACAAGAUCCAGUCCCUAUAAUUUGCAACCCCCAAAGUCAUAAACAACUUUACCUAGAAGGAUGUGGGGAUUUGAUGACGGGGAUGUUGAUAAAUGAGUUCUGAAGUAGAGUGUUGGAAAUAGACAGAGGAAAUCCAUUAAUGUUCUUAUUUUGUUAUAAUACUGGAAUUCAUACUGAAUGAUGACCACUUGAUAUGACUAAUCAGGGAAUAUAUAUUUUUCUAUGAAAGCUAUGAAUGUGACUGUCACAACUUUUUCUCAUUUUUACUUUCAUGUAGCAGCAUUUACAGAGAUGCCAAAAUGUGCCUCACUCUGAGGCAGGUCGUAGUUUUAAUGAGGUAGAAAAUAAAAAAUAGAGAUAAAAAUCAAAAGUCGUAUUUUUAGAUGAUAGUCACAUCCUCUUAUGUUUCUCACAGCACCUUAAAAGUUAGAACUUCAUAAACUUAUUACAAAUUUAUUAUUAUUAUAGUCUCAUCAAAACAGACUUUAAUGGUAGCAUGUCUGGGCUAUUUCAGUCCUUCACUAGGAUUAGAAAAUCUCAUCUUGAUACUAUAAAGAAUUUAUUUGUAAUGAGGUUUAAUUUGUUAAUAGGUAUUUGUUGAAAUUAAAAUCACCAGAUUAAAUGAAUGCACUGUCAGAUCUUUUUAACAUAGUAACAUGUUAUUGGAAAAUGGAUUGUUAGAAGCAAUUUUUGUUUUCCCAUUUAAAAAUAUCUGUGAAUAUUAAUAUGAUUUGCAUGUGUAAAUCUGAAAAAGUAAAAUAUGGAAACCUAGGGGUUUCUAUUCCUUUUUCAUUAAAAGACUAAUGUAAUGCAUAUUUUUUGGUUAUACAUAUCAACCAAGUGUCGUGUUUACUUGAGAAAUUUGUUUGUGGUUGCAUGUCUGCUUAAAAAAAGCCUUUUGUUGUCAUUUUCUUUUUCUUAGCAUAAGCCAGAGUAUUUCUAACCUAUGGAGUCUGUGUUCUUUGCUCUGUUUAUAAUAUAUUUUCAUUUGAAAUACUGAUACCAGUAACUUGUUACUAGUACAGGUGAGAAAGGGAA